UCUAUAAUCCAUUUCCUUUAACAUACUUAAUAGUUACACCCAACAGUUACCAGGAAGACCAUAAAGCCUUGAAAGUGCGUUAAAGAGAUGAAAACUUGAUAGUAAAAAUUAGAAUUGUUAUGGCAGGCUGCAUGCUGUGAGGUUGUCCGGAAGGAUCUGCUUCCUAGGCUCUACAAGGCCGCCGUCUGGACGAGUGAGUCACGAAUCACGACGAUGGGUGUGGACAAUUGACUGGGUGACUUCAAUGUUCCGUCAUUCAACAGUGCUGAUGCGAAACUUCCUACAUUUCCUAAAUGCUGAUCAAUACCUAUUACAAUAAUGUAGCUAAUUUGCAAGGUAGAAGUCUUGACCUUAUUUUAUCUAGCUGCCAAGUUCAACAUAUGAUGAUUCUGGUUUAGUUAAGAAAUACCACCCUGCCUUAGAUUUUACUUUGCAACUUACUGGUAAGUAACUCUUGGGUUAUAUUUUCCGUCAACGUUUCUUGUAUUACAAUCUUUUAAAUGCAAACUGGACGAUAUAUUGAUUUUAAUGUUACCUGUACAAAUUUUUAUAAUGUUCUUUAUUCGAUUUUUUUAUGUACACAUCUUUAAAUUUAACCCUAUACUGUAUUCACUUUAAGAAGGUAGCGCUAGAACCAUGCACUUAAGUUCGUGGCUAGAAGGCAUAUGGAAGCUUUGACCUUCACUGUGAUUGGUAAUAUGAAAAGCACAAUUUAUAAAGGGCCUUAUUGUACCUACAUCCAGCUCUUCCUAUAUAAUGCAAAAUAAUUGAGUUCUUCUCCGCUUCAACAAUGGUAAAAACUCUUGACUUUUAGUUUUUGUGUCUGGAAUACUAACUACCAGCAUCGAUUCUCCAUCUUCUAUAUAGAUCGGUCGGUAUUGGAAAAAUAGUAUAAGUGACACUGGAUUAAACUAGUUUUUGCUCCCUCAUGAAUUUUAAAACCCUCGACAAGCCUCGGGUUUUAAACCAUUCUUUCAGGAACAAAAACUCUUUUUAAUCCCUUGUUACUUAAUAUACUAUUAUUAUAAAUUUGCUGCUACUUAGACACAGACACCUCAGACUCAGAUCAAAAUUGAGGUUAUAUUAUAUUGGUCUUCAAAAAUGUCUUUAAAAGAGGAUCUCAAGCAACUUGUCAAACCGUAUUAUAUAUUUAACAUAAUUUUGAGUUUCUCUUACAUAAUUUGCCGGAAGACGCCUGGCAUUUGUAACUAUCUAUUCGACGCUGACGAAUGCGAAUUUGAUGGGCGAGAAACUGAAAUUUUAUUCUUCCUAAUAAUAGUGAUAAUGAUAAGGAGUCGCAAAACCGGUAGCGUGACGAUGAUUAAUUAUUUAUCGUCAAGUUUUAUAUAUACCAAAGUUGCCAAUCUGAUUCUAUGGUUUUAUGCCGAUUUUAUAAUGGGAAUUAUCUAUGCUAUAAUAUUUAUAUUAAUGGGCCUUCUUCUACCUGCACCUGCUUAUUCGGGACCAGAUAAAGUCAUCUACUUUCAUGGUCAAAACAGUUUGGAGGAUGAACUCGUACGGAACAAACAGGUCACCUGGAUCAUUACAUUUUAUACCGUCUGGAAUCCAGCAUGCGUAACUUUUGCACCAAUCUUUGCCAAACUUAGCAGCGAUUAUUACUUAGAUAAUUUAAAGUUUGGAAAGAUUGACGUUGGGAGGUAUCCUGAAGCGGGAGUAAAAUAUCGGGUUAAUGAUAGUAGCUUGAGCAAGCAAUUGCCGACAAUGAUUGUGUUUAAGGAGGGGAAGGAGGUGGAUCGGAGACCUUUGAUUGAUGGCAAGGGGAAAGUGAUCAAGUUUUUAUUUUCCAGAGAAAAUGUCGAGGCAGCUUUUGAUUUGAGUAAUUUGUACGAAAGUUGUAAGGCAGACAGUAAAAAACAUUUAAAGAGAGAUUAGAAUGACUGUGGCCAAUUAGUAAUAAAAAGUUUUCUGUACACAGGCCUGUAGCCCUGGAUGGGAGGUGGUUCAUCCAAGAUGCUGUAGAAAUAAUGCAUGAAGUCUCUAGUAUUAAAAAUACUGUUUAAUUAUAAUGAAUUUAGUUCUAAUAAUACCCAUUAAACGCAACAGAACCAGGCUUCAAUUCCUGUGAAACACAUUUUCUU